GUGGGCGGCGCGGUCGGUCGCUGCAGUCGCUUCAGCAGCUGGGAGCGGAGUCGCAGUCGCCAGGGUCGCUGGCCGCCGGCGCGUGGCUCGGCCGGGCCCGUAGCCAUGGAGGACUUCAUCGUGAUCUCCGACGACAGCGGCUCCGAGAGCUCGGCCGGGACCCGCUCGGGCAGGGCGCGGAGGCUGCGCCGGGCCCUGUCCCGGACCCCCGGCGCGCUGCCCCGCCGCACCGUGGACUUCAUUGACCUAACUAGAGAGACGAGAACAAGGGCAAAAGAUCGUAAUGGACUCUGUGUGAUUGAUCUGACAAGAAGUGAGGAAGAAAAUAGACCUAUUGCCACUCUUGAUUUGACUUUGGAACCUGUAGCUUCUUCUCAGAAGGAUCCACCCAGUCUUCAGACAUGUGCCAGUCUUUCAGGCAAAGAGGUGAUGGAAGCCCAGGGAGAUAGAGGCUCUCAGGCUGCAGCACAGAGAAUGGUCAACAAUGAUCCUGUAGAUUUGGAUUUGUUGGAGGAAAACAUGUUUGAAGGUUCUCGACCCCCUACAGCUAUCAGCCAGGACUCUGUUUAUCCACCAGAGCCAAACUGUAGCUCAAUCACGUACAAAGGUGGCCUCAGCUUCCUGACAAGCCUACAUCUCUCUUCAGAUGUUAGCUCCUUCUCCUCAACAAGCAAUAACAGUAGCAGCAGCAAUCAGAGGGCCUCUUUGCCAUGCCCACAGCAAGAUGUGCCUUGCCAACCACAAGGCUUGCUAUGCCCGCUACAAGCCUUAUCAUGCUCACUAAGAGCUUCACCAUGUCCACCACGAGCUUCCUCAUGUCCACCACAAGCCUUGUCAGGUACACCACAAGCCUCGUCAUGUCCAUCACAAACUUUGUCAUGUCCAUCACAAGCCUUGUCAUGCCCAUCACAAACUCUGCAGUGCCAACUCCAAGCUUUGCCUCAUCCACCUCAAGAAGUGCCAUGCCCUCCUCAAGAUGUGCCAUGCCCUCAGCAGAAUAUGCCAAGCACACGUCAAAAUUUAUCAUGGCAUCCUCAUCAACACCCACUAUACCCACCCCAAGACACUCUGGGCCUACCUCAAGAUGCUCCAGGUCGACCUCAAAACCUAUCCUAUCCACAAGAUGUGACACAACUGCAAGACAUGCCAUGGUCACUGCAAGACAUGCCACUGUCACUACAAGAUGUGCUACAGUCACUGCAAGAUGUGCCACCACUGCUGGGAGAUGUGCCACAGUCAUCAGAAGUGAUGCAGUUACCCGGAGGUGUGAUACGGUCAUCAGGUGCGAUACAAUCAUCAGGAGGCGUGAUGCGGUCAUCAGGAGGUGUAACACAGUCACUAGGAGGUGUGAUACGGUCAUCAGGAGAUGCAAUACAUUCACUAGGAGGUGUGAUGCAGUCAUCAGGAAGUGUGAUGAAGUUACCAAGUGUGACACAGUCAUCAAGAGAUAUGAUACAGUCACCAGGUGUGCCACAGUCAUCCGGAGAUGUGAUGCAGUCACCAGGUGUGCCACAGUUAUCAGGAGAUGUGAUGCAGUCACCAGGUGUGCCACAGUCAUCAAGAGAUGUGAUACAGUCACCAGAAGGUGUGUCAAAGUCAUCAGGAGAUAUGAUGCAGUCACCAUGUGUGCCACAGUUAUCAGGAGAUGUGAUGCAGUCACCAGGUGUGCCACAGUCAUCAAGAGAUGUGAUACAGUCACCAGAAGGUGUGUCAAAGUCAUCAGGAGAUAUGAUGCAGUCACCAUGUGUGCCACAGUUAUCAGGAGAUGUGAUGCAGUCACCAGGUGUGCCACAGUUAUCAGGAGAUGUAAUGCAGUCACCAGGAAAUGUGUCACAGUCAUCAGGAGAUGUGAUGCAGUCACCAGGUGUGCCACAGUCAUCAAGAGAUGUGAUACAGUCACCAGAAGGUGUGUCAAAGUCAUCAGGAGAUAUAAUACAGUCACCAGAAGGUGUGUCAAAGUCAUCAGGAGAUAUAAUACAGUCACCAGAAGGUGUAUCACAGUCAGUUGGAGAUGCACCACACUUACCAGAUGUGUUGCACUCACCACAAGGGUUAUUGGACUUAGCAAGAGACAAGCCACAAUCUGCCCCAGAUGAUGUGCAGAAUCGUGAUACUCCUAUGGAUAUCUCCGCUCCAUCCUCUCCAAGUUGCUCUGCUAGCCCACUGUCUCCACAGUCUGAAUUUUCCUUAGAAAAAGUUCCUUGGCUCUCUGUCACAGACAGCUUAGCCAGAAAAGAGAGAUCAUUUCCACAGCUUGCCAACCCUGGGUCUGCCCAGAUACAAGGACAAAUACCACAAGUUGGGGUAUACAAUAGACCUUGCCUGCAUAGACUGAAAUACUUCUUACGACCACCAGUACAUCAUCUCUUCUUCCAGACAUUAAUACCAGAUAAAGACACACGGGAGAGCAAGGGUCGGAAGUUAGAGCCUAUCCCUCACCGAAGACUAAGAAUGGUGACGAACACUAUUGAAGAAAACUUCCCCUUGGGGACCGUGCAGUUCCUAAUGGACUUUGUUUCACCCCAGCAUUACCCACCCAGAGAAAUUGUGGCUCACAUCAUCCAGAAAAUCCUUCUCAGCGGCUCUGAGACUGUGGAUGUCCUCAAGGAGGCCUACAUGCUUCUCAUGAAAAUACAACAGCUGCAUCCAGCCAAUGCCAAGACCGUGGAAUGGGACUGGAAACUGCUCACCUAUGUCAUGGAAGAAGAGGGACAAACUCUGCCAGGACGAAUCCUCUUUCUACGUUAUGUAGUACAAACCCUGGAAGAUGACUUCCAGCAGAUCUUGAGGAGACAGCGGCAGCACCUCCAACAAUCCAUUGCAAACACUGUUCUUUCGUGUGACAAACAGCCCCACAACGUCAGGGACGUUAUCAAGUGGCUGGUCAAAGCAGUGACUGAAAAUGAAUUAACACAGACCCCAGAUGGGACUCAGACCUCUUCAGGAGCAGGAGUCUUGAAAGCUAGCAGUGACCACUUGUCUGCCCAGCCUAACCUGACCAGGAACACCAAUCAGCUGGUUGUGUGUCAGCUUCAGAGGAUGUUGUCCAUCGCUGUGGAGGUGGACAGGACUCCUACCUGCAGCUCCAAUAAAAUAGCUGAGAUGAUGUUUGGGUUUGUGCUGGACAUCCCUGAGAGGAGUCAGAGGGAGAUGUUCUUUACUACUAUGGAAAGCCAUCUUCUACGCUGCAAAGUGUUAGAGAUCAUAUUCCUCCACAGUUGUGAGACACCCACCCGGCUUCCCUUGUCUCUGGCCCAGGCCCUCUAUUUUCUGAACAACUCCACAUCACUGCUCAAGUGUCAGUCAGAUAAAGCCCAGUGGCAGACAUGGGAUGAGCUGGUUGAGCAUCUGCAGUUCCUGCUGUCCAGUUAUCAGCAUGUGCUGAGAGAGCACCUACGGAGUUCAGUGAUUGAUCGGAAAGAUUUGAUCAUCAAAAGAAUCAAGCCCAAGCCCCAGCAAGGAGAUGACAUCACGGUGGUGGACGUGGAGAAGCAGAUUGAGGCCUUCCGCAGCCGCCUGAUCCACAUACUGGGAGAACCUCUAGUCCCCCAGCUCCAAGACAAAGUGCAUUUGUUGAAGCUGCUGCUCUUCUAUGCUGCCGACUUGAACCCUGACACAGAGCCUGCCCCACAGCACUGAGGCAGCCAGACUUCUAAGCACUGAGUACCAAGAAUACCUCCUGACUGUCGCCAGCUACUUAGAAGCUCUGUACAAACAGUAGUUAGGAAUAUCAUAGGACCAAACCUGUCUUAUUUAUCUGUAGGCUCUAAUCACUUUGAAACUCUUCAGUAUAUCUUUUUUUAUAAUCCUUAUCCUAGCCUAUUCAAAUGUGGCUUAAAUAUACAAUGUGUAUAUAUUUUUUAUUAAAUUAUUUAUCUAUGCUUUGGAAACAGGCAAUACGAUAUGCACUAUAUGUCCAACAUUUCCACUCAAGAUGUGAAAGACCCCUUCUGCUGAACAAUCUCCAUCAGUGUUACAGUCAAGGUACUGACUGCCUGUUUCUGGAAAGACAGUUUUUCCUGAAUAGAGCACAUUCUAUAUUAGAUUUUCAUAUUGCCUAUGAAUAUGACUGUGGCCAGUUAAUUAAAGCUAAGUAACAAAACAGGCAAAGAAACAGAGCCUGUUAAUGAAACACGUGAUGUCAGAAAGAUACAAAAGGCACUAAGUUUACAAUGCUCUGGCUCUACUAUGGGGCAGGCAGAAUGGACAAGAGACCCAGGUUUGAGAAAGUAGUAAAGAUUUUUAUUGUCAGUACAAGAUAACACAAAUAAAUUAAU